AUGGCUGUGCGCGGCGCCAACACCUUGACGCCCUUCUCCAUCCAGGCGAUCCUCAACAAGAAAGAGGAGCGCGGCGGGCUGCCCGCGACGGAGGGGCGCCCCGUACCCGGCGGUACAGCGGUGGCAGCGGCGCCCGCUGUCUGUUGCUGGCGGCUCUUUGGGGAGACAGACGCGGGCGCACUGGGGGGCGCCGAGGACUCUCUGCUGGCGUCGCCUCCUGGGACCAGAACGGCUGCGGGGCGGACCACGGAGAGCCCGGGCGGCUGGGAUUCGGACUCGGCACUGAGCGAGGAGAACGAGGGCGGGCGGCGCUGCGCGGACCCGCCGGGGGCCAGCGGGGCCUGCCGUGCAGGGGCGACCCUGGGCCUCGGCCAGCCGGUCUGUGAGCUUCCCGCAGCCAAGGACCUGGAGGAGGAAGCCGCGGGCCGGAGCGACAGUGAGAUGUCGGCCAGCGUCUCAGGCGACCGCAGCCCGAGGGUCGAGGACGACGGCGUCGGCACAGGAGGCGCACGCGUGCCCACGUUGUGCAGCGGCGGCGGCGGCGGGCCCGCGGGCGGCGCAGAGGAGGAGGAGGAGCCCGUGGCGCCCAAGCCGCGCAAGAAGCGCUCGCGCGCCGCCUUCUCCCACGCACAGGUCUUCGAGCUGGAGCGCCGCUUCAACCACCAGCGCUACCUGUCCGGGCCCGAGCGCGCUGACCUGGCCGCGUCGCUGAAGCUCACCGAGACGCAGGUGAAGAUCUGGUUCCAGAACCGUCGCUACAAGACCAAGCGCCGACAGAUGGCCGCCGACCUACUGGCCUCGGCGCCCGCCGCCAAGAAGGUGGCAGUGAAGGUGCUGGUGCGCGACGACCAGAGACAGUACCUGCCCGGAGAGGUGCUGCGGCCUCCCUCGCUGCUGCCACUGCAGCCCUCCUACUAUUACCCUUAUUACUGCCUCCCCGGCUGGGCACUCUCCACGUGUGCGGCCGCCGCGGGCACCCAGUGAGCCGGCCUGGGGUGAGGCAGCGAAUGAUCCCCGCGCCCCAGCUCCAGACGGGCGCUGAUGGCUGUGCAGGUUGUGCCCUGUACUGGGGCGCCCCGCGGAGGGGGCAGGUGGUGGAUGAAAUCCAGCCCUGGCUCUGCUCUCCAGGACUUGCGCCCUGGCAGCGGGACUGGGUCUACCCAGAGGGGGGCGCCUUUUUCUAGUUUGAACAGAGGCAUCCUAUGGCCUAGGGACCCUGUUCCUACCCCCCGCCCCACUUGCUGGAAGCCCUUGGACAUUAUUUAUUACCACCAUAAUGUUGGGUUUGGAUUGUGUCUGCCUGGGGAUGGCGUUUCCCAGAGAGGAGAGAA